AUGAAGUCUUUCUUCUCCACCACCAAGAAGCACAUCCCAAAGGGCCUCCUUGGCGUCUUGCAGAGGAAGGUGGACAAGUGGAGCCACGAGGAGGUCCGCAGAUGGCUGAACAACGUGGGACUGGCGCGAUAUGGCAACGCCCUCAAGGAAAGGGGCGUCCAGGGCCCGGAGCUUCUGAAGCUCAGCCAGCUGGAUGUGUAUGAGCUGGCGAGCAGCGGCGAGGACGCCUCAAGGUUCCUGGCAGAGCUGGCAGUCCUGCACAAGCGCGAGGGAACAUGUGCAAAUCUGUCACAGGGAGCGACAUCAACUCCAUCAAGUGCUUAUGCUGGCAGCGGCUCCACCGCAAAUAGCACCCGGCCAAGCUCCGGGUCACAGGGGACUGGCGGCCGCGAGUCAUCGCCAGGCGAUGGUUCAGCGGCGCUCCUGGAGGGCCUCUCCGACCGGCUGGCCGCGCUCGGCAUCGCCGGCACCGGCCUCGAGGUCGCCGCGCAGGGUUCACCCCUCGUGACCCCCAUCAUUCGCGCUCUGUGGGAGCUGCAUGAGCGCGCCACAGAGGCCAAGGGCUUCCGUGCGGCGUGCCUGCACCUGGACUCCUACGUCCGCUCCAUCCUCACCGUCUUUGACGCCGAGGGGAAGCGCCUGGCUGCGCUGGGAGGCGGCCCCCUGAGGAAGCUGCUGGGCCUAUUGCAGGAAGCCACCACGCUGGUCGAGUCCUGCUGCGACUCCGGCUGGCUGGCCCGCAUGCUGGCUGGAGAGAAGGUGGAGUCAUUCAUCGCUGUGCACAACGCCGUUCUUCAGCUGCUCAAGGAUGAGCGGCUGGACGUGCUGCCCAAUGGCAGCCACCUGACCUUUGGCAGCUACGCAGAGGAGUCCCGGCCCCUCAAGCGCGCACUCAAGCAGGUGGGCGGCGGCUCUGUGGAAGGAGGCCUGGCGGCUGUGCAGACUAAUGACCAAGCCAUGCGUGAGCUCGUCACUGUGCUCGAUGUCGAUUCCAAGAUCAUUCUCAAGGAGCUUCAGGAGUCUGGACUGCUCAGCGAGGAGGCUGCUGCCGCGGCAGUGGCAUCACCCAAGGCCGCCACCGCCACAGCAACAUUUGCCAAGACUGCAUCCGCCCAGGGACCGGGGGCGGAAUUCGCAAAGGAGUACCAGCAAAUCUUCAGCCAGUACGACAAGCACAGGAGAGGAACACUGAACGCCGAAGAGUUUCGGAGCGUCCUAACUGACCUCGGGAUCUUGGAUGGCAUCCCCAGCGGCCAGCUGCAGGAUGAGCGUGCGACGCAGCAGUUCCGGCAGGCGGACGUGGACCGCAGCGGAUCAAUUUCGCUGGACGAAUUCGUGGCCUACUAUCACACCAGCUGCGCUUCUCGCGCGCGGCUGGAACUGCGCUCAUCCCUGGGCCCAUCUGCGGAGAGGGACCUGCAGAAGGUGUUCUGCAGCUUUGCCUCUUUCGGCGGCCGCCAGCACGUGGAAGACAUGGAGGGCAGCAAGUUUGCCAAGCUGUGCCGCGACUCCAAGCUGCUCAGCCGCGCAUUCACCGCCUCCGACGUCGAUCUCUUCUUCGCCAAGGUGAAAACCAAGGGCGCGCGGCGAAUCACCUUUGGCCAAUUUGCCGAGGCUCUGGCGCUCGUGGCUGCGAAAACGAAUUCGAAUCUGGCUGACGUGGCAUCCGCUGUGCUGGCGGCUGACGGCCCCUCCGUUACGGGCACCAAGGCCGAGUAUGUCAAGUUCCACGAUGACAAGUCCACCUACACAGGAGUGUACAAGAAGGGCGGACCAUCGACGGUUGAGCCGUCCAAGGAUCUCUCGGCGCUGCUCGACCGAUCACCGGCGGACAUCCGCGGCAUCAAGAAAAGCGUCAUAGCGCAGCAGGGCGGCUCGCCCCUGACUAAUGCUGACUCAUCGCCGGCCGCGGCGGCAGGGAACGCCCCGCGCCGGCCGCCCUCCAUCAACACCACCGUGCUGACUAACCCCGCGCACGGUUCCGGCAGUUAUGUCAACUCCCCGGCCAGCACGGCGUUUGGCGCGGGGCUGGUAUCGCCCCCAAGCGCCAGUAGCGGGUCUUCUCAGGCGGCAGGCCACAAGCACGUGCUCCCGCCCACUCCCGACUCUGCUCGCCCCAACGACCGCAUCAAGGCGGUGUGGGAUAAUGUGGCGGACGAGGAGUUGCACGCGGCCUUCCGGGCCUUCGCGAUCUUUGGCGCCGGCGGCACACCGAAAUCCGGCGCAGCCGGCCCGAAGGCGCCGGUGCUGGACAGCGGAAGGUUUGUGAAGCUGGUGCGCGACAGUGGCCUGCUGGACGGCCGCCUGACCGCCACCUCUGUCGAGCUCAUCUUCUCAAAGGUCAAGGGCCAGGGUGCGCGCAAGAUCGAAUUUGCUGCGUUUGAGAAGACGCUGCCUCUUCUGGCCAAGGAGAAGGGUGUGUCUGCGGAGGAGGUACGCCGCGCGAUUGUGCUCAGCGGGGGGCCCCACCGCAACACAUUAGUCACCCCCGACUUCGUGCGCCUGCACGACGACAAAUCCACCUUCACAGGCGUGUAUGCAAAGGGCGGCCCUUCAACAGUGGACAAGAAGAUCACACUCGCCACGAUCACCAACCGAGCCACCAACGAGAAGGGCAUGAUUCUGUGA